UGUCCCGGGGAGACUGGGGAGGACACACACAGGGGUGAGAGCAAGAGCCAGGAGAUACAGAGACAGACAGAGACAGACACAGAGACAGAGAGAGAGAGAGAGAGAGAGAGAGAGAGAGAGAGACUCUGUAUCCAGGAGGGGAAAUACACUAUAUGGGAAGGAACAGGGGAAACAAAGUAACAGAAGGAAAGAAAAGGCACAAAGGCAAGAGAGAGAGACCCACAAGAGAGGGGGGAACUCUGGGCAGGGGUGAGAAUCAGAAGUGGGGGGUAGAAAGUCAGAAGUGGGGUUGGGAGUCACAACUGGGGGUAGAAAGUCAGAAGUGGGGGAAUAGGAUAGAGUAGAAGAAUAGGGGCAACAUUCAGACUUGGGUGUAAAAACUCCAGCUGGGAGGAGAGAGAUCCGACAGGGAAACUACUGAAGGAAUAAGCGACUCGGAUCAGACCCUCACAGACCACCAGAUCGAAUACCUGUUGGAAAAUGGAGAGUUCCUCUGGCCUUAUUAACCCUUUGACAUCUACAGCCCUGCUGGUGAUGGCCACCUCUUCUAAUGGAGCUCUUGGGGUCUCCCAGCAGCCCCCCCUUUAUACUGUCCCGAUGUCUAUUGAUAAACCCCCUCAGAUUUCCUAUCUGAGCCAAGGCUACCCUUUUCUUUACCCUUCCCAGGAGCACCUGAAUUCUGCCUGCCCUCCCCAGCUUCUUUCUCUGCACUCCCAGUAUGGACAUCCCCGGCUGGAACGGGCUGGCCUUGGUGUUUUGGGGUAUGGGGCGCUGCACCCCUUUGGUGCCUUUCACCUUGCAGAAGGAGCAGAGAGGCUCCAAGCAGGGUAUCUAAAUCCAAAGAGACUGAAGGGAGAAAGUGACCCUUCUCAGAUCCGGUAUGUGCCUAUGGAUACAGGGAUGGAAAGCCAACACAUCCAGGGGGCAUCAGGAGUCACCUCAACAUCUCACAGGGGCUCCCCAAAACCCCGGACAAGCUCCAGCAAAAGAGAUAAGAAGUCGGCCGUGUUGUUGCCUCUCCAGUGUCCCCUCUGCCAAAAAUUUCUCCAGAAAGAGGAACUGUCACAGCACCUGCAGCAAGAGAUGGAUCAUCUGACCCAGCGGGCACUCAGUGAAUCAGACAGCUCAUCAGAGGCCACUCAGAACCUCACACAGUCUCCAAAGCAAGCUGAAGAUUUGGCCAGCGAGUCCCCAUUGACAAGCUCCGAAGAUGGUCAGAAACUGGACAGGCAACAGAUUUACCAGCAGAUUAAGUGGAAUCGGGAGGAACGCCUGGGAGCACGAGCCGGAAGGUGUAAGAAGGUCCGAGUAAUCAAUGGGGAGAUAGAGGGAUCACCCACUGCAAGGAAUGGCGAUGCUUCUGAUGGGAACCACUGGGAGGAAGAGAUUCGAAGGUCAGAGAAACCCUUGUCUACUGAUCCAGAAUACCGAGGGUCCCCCGCAAGCAGCUAUCCCACCCAGAGUGAAGAAUCUGAUAUAGACGAGGGCUCGUCCUGCACAACAUCUAAUGAGAAAUGCCUGAAAACUAUGAGAGACAAAAUCCAGGAACUGACAGAGAAACUGAAAAACACUCACACUUGCCACAUUUGCUUGGACUCAUACAACAUUCCUGUUGCCUCCAUUCAGUGUUGGCACAUUCACUGUGAGGGCUGUUGGCUCCGAGCGCUGGGAACGAAGAAACUUUGUCCUCAAUGUAACACGAUAACCUCACCUUGUGACCUACGCAGAGUGUACCUAUGACCUGCAAAGACAGUGGCUGUCUCACAUGCUACCCAGCAUCACUAAUACUAUACAUGAUACUAUGGGUGAAGGAUAACCACUGGAUUUCAUAGUUCUAAAGACCAUUAUGGAAUGUUACAAUGGUGUGAAACCCCAAAGAGAAAUCUUAAGCAACAUUGCUGGAAGUAACACCCCCUGCAGAGCACCUCUAUAUAUUAACAGCCUACAAACAUCAGAGAAUUAAGAAUAAAUUACUGGUUGGCUCCCCCUAGAAGGCAUCCUUAAAGGGCACCAAUCAUAACUAAAAUAAUUUACUAAGUAAAUAAACUAUGUGAAAGUUCAAGAAAUCCAAUUUUUAAAACAGUUAGAAUUGUUUGUAUAAUGUAAAUCAUCAGCUCACUAUA